GGAGGGGAGAGAGAUAGGAAGUGCGCUGCCUCGUCCUGUUUUAAGCUCCGAAAUCGUGGACAGAAGCGAUUGUCUGCAGGAGUGUGAUGGCAGAGCACAUAAGAGCCAGAAGUGUUUCAGGGAAUCCGGAGGGCCCGUAUCGGGCUGUGGAGAGCGCUCAAGCUCUUGCUUGGGAGAUGUUUGAGGGUGUGGACACACUGGACAAACUUUUCCGGCACGCCGUGAGCAGAUUCAAACAUACACCCUGCCUGGGGACCAGAGAGCUCCUCUCACAGGACACCGAGGUCCAGCCUGAUGGGAAGGUCUUCCAGAAGCUGGUCCUGGGUGAAUACAGAUGGAAGACGUAUGAGGAGGUUGAUAGGGAGGUCGGCUAUCUGGGCAAUGGCCUGGCUGUCUUAGGUCAAAAGUCACGGAGUUCCAUCGCCAUUUUCUGUGAGACAGGGGCAGAGUGGAUGAUAACAGCACAGGCUUGUUUCAGAUACAACUUCCUAUUGGUGACUCUGUAUGCCACACUCGGGGAAGACGCUAUAGUUUUCGGACUGACUCAGUGUGGAGCCACUCACCUCAUCACCAGUAAAAACCUACUGGAAACCAAACUAAAGGUUGUUCUGCCCCAGGUGACCGGGCUGAAACAUGUGAUCUACGCUGGCAGCGGGGGUGCGUCCCUGGGAGAUUACCCACAAUCCCUUAGUGUGCACAGCAUACAGGAAGUAAUGGACCUUGGAGCCAAACCUGACAACUUGUGUGUACAAGUGGACACCCCUUCUCCCUCUGAUUUGGCUAUUGUGAUGUACACGAGUGGCUCGACUGGUCGCCCCAAAGGAGUAAUGAUGCAUCACAGUAACCUCAUAGCUGGUAUGGCCGGCCAAUGCCAACGCAUCCCAGGCCUUGGGCCUAAGGACACAUACAUAGGUUACCUUCCCUUGGCUCAUGUCCUGGAACUGACUGCAGAAAUGUCCUGUUUGUCACAUGGGUGCAGGAUAGGCUACUCCUCUCCACAAACACUGUGUCUGCAGUCCAGUAAGAUUAAGAGGGGCAGUAGAGGUGACUGUUCUGUCCUCAGACCGACCCUGAUAGCUGCUGUUCCGGAGAUAAUGGAUCGUAUUUCUAAGAAUGUGAUGGCUAAGGUUGGAGAGAUGAACGCCGUUCAAAGGAAGCUCUUCACACUGGGUUAUAGAUACAAACUCCAGCAGGUGGCCUGUGGUGCUGACACACCCAUCUGUAACAAGCUGCUUUUUAAGCAUGUGUCUAUGCUGUUGGGAGGGUCUGUGCGUCUGAUGCUGUCUGGUGGAGCUCCUCUCUCUGCAGACACACAGCGCUUCAUUAACAUCUGUUUCUGCCCUGUCGCCAUUGGUUACGGUCUCACAGAGACGUGUGGGGCAGGCACCAUUUCAGACUUUUCUGAUUAUACUACAGGACGUGUAGGUGCUCCUCUUAUCUGUUCUGAGAUAAUACUACGAGACUGGCCUGAAGGGGGAUACACAAGCCAGGACAAACCACUUCCACGUGGAGAGAUUCUGAUUGGAGGCCCAAAUGUUGCUUUGGGUUACUAUGGGAGCGAGGAUCAAAAGGAGGGUGGAGAAUUCUGGGUAGAUGAGGCAGGGCAACGCUGGUUUUGCACAGGCGAUGUGGGGGAGGUGCAUCCGGAUGGCUGUCUGCAGAUAAUUGACCGUAAGAAGGAUCUGGUAAAACUGCAGGCAGGUGAGUAUGUAUCACUGGGGAAAGUGGAGGCUGCUUUGAAGAAAAGUCCACUGAUCGACAACAUCUGUGCCUAUGCUAGCAGCAAUCAGAGCUAUAUUAUUGGCUUUGUAGUACCCAAUCAAAAGCAGCUAACUGAACUGGCCAAUAGAAAUGGGAUUGAUGGCAAGUGGGAGGAGCUUUGUAAUCAUGCUGUACUGGAACAGGAAGUCCUAAAGUCCAUUAAAGAGAUUGCAACAACCGAUAAACUUCAGAGGUUUGAGGUCCCACUGAAGGUGUGUCUUAGCUCAGAGGUGUGGACACCUGAAACUGGCUUGGUUACAGAUGCCUUCAAACUGAAGAGGAAAGAAUUACAGAGACACUACAUACGUGAUAUUGAAAGGAUGUACGGGGCCAAAUAACACACACACACACACACACACACACACACACACACACACACACACACACACACACACACACACAAUGCAGACACACGCUUAUAAAUGAUCUUGUUUCAGCAGGCAAAAGGGCCCCCUACUGGCAACAAAAUGUUAUUACAACAUAUCACCUGGAAAGAAUCAAGGCAGGUUGCCUUGAAAAUGAUACGCUUCGGGUUGCAAAUGUCCUGCAUGUUUCGCCCCGCUGGUUUCGCUAAUCAAGUCUCUCUGCUGUCUCGAGCAAAUUAGCACACCCAGAACGUUGGAUCUGAAUAUGCUGGGGAGUUAUUUUACCUCCUGAACCUGAACUAGCAACCUCACAGUUAGCAACAAUCAAAACGUUUUGAUAUGUAUAUAUAUAUUUUUUACUAAAUUGUAUAUUUUUAAAAAGUUUAUAACUGUAUAUAAAUCUGUAAUGACAUCCUUAAAGGAAAAACACAUUUUCUGCAUAUUUCACGUCUUUAAACAAAUGUAAUGUGAGUGUGUAUGUCAUAGUGAAAGUAAGAUGCAACCCUGCACAGAAUGUAUACCCCGACCUGAGUGUAUACCCCGACCUGUGGGGUUAGUGGGUUGAUUCAGACGUGGUGGAAAGUGUGAGAGAGCAAAAACGUGAGAAAUACUAAUCACCUAUCCUCUCACAUGAAAGACGGGACACGUUUAACUGAAGCUACUACAACCUCUCACCAUCUCACAAAAAAAUAAAAAUAAAUAAACAAACAAACAAAUAAAUAAAUAAAAUAACAUUGUACAGUGAAAGGCACAAACAAUGUGUUUUGUGUUUUUCAUUGUAAUUUGGGACUAUAAGAAAAUUACAUGAACUAGACAGAAAGUUCCAGAUGGAAAUGUUACAUUUUACAAGCUUCCACCUAGACAAUAGAGUAAGAGUGUAAACGUUAGUGCUAAAGUCAGUGCUAAUGUUAGUGCUAAAAUCAGUGCUAAAGUCAGUGCUAAUGUUAGUGCUAAUGUUAGUGCCAAAGUCAGUGCUCACAUCAUUGACAGUGCUAAGCUAGCGCUGUUGUGAGCGUACAGGUGAUACUGAGUCUGACACUGUGAAGGAUGCAGUCUGAUAACAAAGCUGCUUCUGUACAUGUUCAAUUAUCUUUAGAAAACUAUUCGCUGCUUGUGUGUGAUGUGAAGAUUGCUCUGCUUUUGUGGUGAACGUGUGUGCAUGUAGCCGGUCCCAAACGUAAAUGUAAACAAUGUUUUGGUAAAGGUGAAGGUAAACUAUGUUUUUUAACAGCCGAUAAAGCAUUUCAUUGUUAUAGGUUUUCCAUCAGUAGCGUUAGUGUUGUUGACCAUGUUAGUCAUGAUGGAAGAAUAACGGAUGUUUUCAUCUGUCAUUUGCCAGGUCUGCUUCAUUUGUGUAGCAUGAAAGGGUUUUAUUUUACACAAAUUUCGUUUUGUUUCAUCUUUUUUUUAACACAUACAUAAAUCAUGUUGAUAAGUGAGCCAAGCCUACAGAUAUAUGUAUAAAUGUACAACGUUAAAGGCUUCA